AUGUUGGGCGACACGUGUGCGGGGGUGGGGCGGCAGGUGGGACUGUGUUGGCCGGCAGCGUCCGAUGCAGAGUGUGAGGCGGCAUUUCAGGCGCUCAACCCCGCUGUCAACUGCUCCUCCCUCAGGCCCUCCCAGGCCGUGUGCAUCGAGAGGGACCCCGGGGUGGCGAAUGUGACAGUGGUGUGCGACCAGUACUACCGGGCGCGCCUCAACGACACGUGCGACAGCAUAAGGCAGCUGGCCGAGCCUCCUCUCAGCCCCGUGGACUUCUACCGCCUCAACCCCGGCGUCAACUGCAACCAGCUCAUCCCCCUCAAGGAAUACGCUGGCUCCACCACUUCAAGAAAUUCUUUUGGUGCGGAGGUGAGUCACUGUGGUGCAUGGAGUAGGGUGCAUGCAGCAUGA